AUGUGGCUCUUAAAUUUCCCCAAAAAAGAAAACUCUCAGAAACAGGAGCCAAAGGAAAUUCAAACCAGUUUAAUGCAUUGUUUUUUCAAGGAUUAUCAGAUUUCGAGGUCCAUUAUAAGAAACAUCAUGAAGCAGAAGUAUUUGCUGAUGUUUUUCACUUGUUUAGUCCCUGUUGCUUUCUCAAUCCUGCGAGACAUCUCUCACAAUUAUGAACUGAUCAUGACACCACAGUCAUGGCCAAAUGCACAGAAUUACUGCAGGACGAUGUACACUGACCUGGCAACAGUCAUUAGUGACACUGAUUGGCUAAGAUUGAAGAAAGAAGCAGCAAGUAAAGGUCUGACAUCGUCUGCCUGGAUUGGAGUGUAUGAUGAUAUCACUAGCUGGCGCUGGUCCCUAAACGACGUCCGACUGAAGGAUCUUACCUACACCAACUGGUACUCUGGGCAGCCUAAUAAUGCUUUGUCACUAGAAGCAUGUGUUAUGCUGUCUUCAUCUGCAAAAUGGUUUGAUACAUCAUGCUUAUUUCUUAGAGUCUUUAUAUGCUACAAUGCUAAUUUUACUGGUGCUAGCAAGUUCAUUGGCAUCAACACGUUAGUGACCUGGUAUGAAGCUCGGGCUUACUGUCGAACAUAUCACACAGACCUGGCCAGCUCUCUUAACAGCUCAGAUCAAAACAUGUUAGCACAGAUUAAGGCUGUCCAGGGAGACUCCUGGAUUGGCCUGUACAGAGAUACUUGGAAGUGGUCGGACGGCACCAACAAUUUAACCUUCGCUUGGGCUCCUGGAAAACCAAAUAAUGCUGCAAAAAUUAUGGGGUGCUGUGGGUCAGUAACUAACGGACUGUUAAGUGAUGAACCUUGCACAAACCUCCACUAUUUCUUCUGUCACACCAUUCCACCAGUGAGGAGUUACAUAAAACUGCAGGUGAAGUCUGAUGGCAGUUUGGAGGAUUCUGCUGUGCAGUCAUACAUUUUAGAACUGAUGAAGCAAAGACUUGAACAAAAGGGCAUGUUGGAGAACACCACAGUGACCUGGAGGUUGCAGCCAGAUGGAAACAUCUUUUACAAGAAAAAACAACCACUUGUUGCAUCUGAAUGCUCAGUGCUUGGUGUUUAAAAGAACUGUUAUUCUAAAUCUUCUAAUCCUAAAUAUAUCUUAUAUUUAUAUAUAUAUGAAUUUUUUACUAUAUUAAUUCUUUUUCUCCUUAUGUUUAACUUCUGUUCAAUGUUUAUGUUCUGUAAAGCUGCUUUG